CUCUUUCACUAGAAAGAUUAAAAAAAACUGAAAAAUGUUUUUCAUCAAAAAUCAAUUGCUUUCAUCUAUAAUAUUCACAUUACAAAUAAUCUCAAAUUUAAGCCCAAUCAUUAGUGAUGAAUUUGUUGUUCAUCAUGAUCGAUUGGAAAAUGGCGAUGUCGAGCAUCUAAUGCAUCGCACUUCCUCAUCAUCUAUUAUUGAAGAUGAUGAUGAUGAAAAUGAAUAUCCUGAUGAUCAUCAUUGUUCUGAUGGUCAGUUUCAAUGUAAAUAUUCUCGCGAAUGUAUUCCAAUGGGAUGGCUAUGUGAUGGUGAAGAUGAUUGUGGCCUUAUUCAACAUGAGAAUAAUAGCCAAUCAAAUGGUAUUCAGUUGAUGGAUACAAGUGAUGAAGACCAUUAUAAUUGUCAUCGGAGCAAUCAGUGUCCACGAAAUUAUUUUCGUUGUUCCAAUCUAAUCACUUGCAUUAAAUUAGAGCAAGUAUGUAAUUCAGUUUCCGACUGUCCAGAUGAUUCGGAUGAAGCAAAGUUUUGUGAAGAUAAUAAAAAUUCAUGUAAUCUAUUGAAAUGUGAUCAUGGAUGUCGACCUUUGCCAAAAGGAGCCGAAUGCUUUUGUCCGGACGGUUUUGAAUUCAAUGAGAACAAAUGCGUACCACUUACUCGUUGUAUUCACGACGAGCAAUGUGAUCAAUUGUGUUUGGAUGCGAACGAUACUUUUCAUUGCAAAUGUAUUGAAGGUUAUUCACUCGUAAAUAAUUCUAAAUGUAUUGCUAUCAAUGAUCCAAAAUCUUCACCACUUUUAAUGGCUAUUAAUUUCGAGAAUGAAAUUCAAUUAAUAAAUCCCGAACAAUUGUCUGUCCAAUCGAAAAUUUCUCUUGAACAACAAAAUCAAUCUAUAAUUUCUACUUUUGAUUAUGAUUUUAGUGGUCAUUCUAUCUGCUAUGUACGAAAACGUAACUAUGAUGAAAUUCAACUUUUUCGAUUAGGUUUAUUACAGACGGUUCAUCAUGAUCAAAAUCUAAGUCAAAUUGUCUGCAAUGAUUGGAAUGGUGACAAACUUCGCACUAAAUUCUUUCAUAUUAAAUCACCAUUUCAUUCGUCCAUAUAUGUUCGGCAAAUCAUCUAUGAUUGGAUCGGACACAAUUGGUAUAUGUUGGAUUCAAUCAAUGAAUUGAUUUUUGUUUCAGAUUUUCAAUUCAAUUAUUGUACCAACAUAAUUGAACAUGGUUUGAAUAAGCCUAAAAUGCUUGCAUUAGAUCCUACAAAUGCUCCCGGACAUCUGUUUACUGUGGAAUGGGGACCAAACGCUUUACUGAAACGCUUCGAUCUCGACGGAACUAACAUGAAGAUUUUAGUUCAAGAACGCAUAGUUUAUCCAAGUUUAAUAUCGUUGGAUCCAACGAAUGACCAUAUUUAUUGGUUUGAUUCAUAUUUGGAAACAUUGGAACGUAUCUCUUAUUGGGGUCAAAAUCGAAAAAUUUUACUCAAAAGUGAUUUGGCAAAUCGGAUUAUUGAUUUCGAAGUAUUCGAAAAGAAACUUUAUUUUUUGAUAGCAAAAAAUGAUACACAUUCUUCUGACGAAAUGUCAUCAUCUCUCAUGAUUAUUAAUGCUUUCAAUUUCAAUCACAAUGAAAUGAAUGUCGUGAUGAACUUUUCUUCCAAAUCUGCAAAAGAAUUACGAAUUAUUCAUCGCCAACAUCAGCCAAUCGUCGCAAAGGCUUCACAUCCAUGUUCCGUUAGAAAUGGUGGCUGUGACCACCUUUGUAUAGUGAAAUAUGACAAAAAUUCAAUUCCUAUUGCGAAAUGUCAAUGUUCCAGCGGAUUUCGUUUGGAUCUAACCUCUAACAAAUGUUUGUACGAUCAAUCUAGAUUAAAGUUGUUAUAUGUUCGUGCUCGUCCUGGUUCGGUCAAAGUUUUCUCAUUACCGAAAUCAUGGACACCGGAUACUGGCAAAAAUAUCACCAGUCAACCGAUAACUAUUUCAACGAUGCCAUCUACAAGGCCAGUCGCAGUUGAAUAUGAUAUUGAAACCGGAACAGUAUUUUACUCCAAUAUUCAGCGUUACGUAAUAAAUAGUUUUGUAGUCAAUGUGUCGAAUACUAGCGAAGGUUAUCUACGUCAAGCAUCAAUAUUUUUAGAUAAAAGUAUCAUCCGCUGUGAAGGAUUGGCUGUGGAUUGGAUCGGAAGAAAUUUAUAUUGGACUGAUAGCGCAAUGUUGACCAUUAGUGUGGCUAAUCUAGAUAACAGUACCUUCAGACGAACAUUGAUUUCGGAUGAUUUAAAUCAUCCAAAGUCAUUGGUACUUGAUCAUCAUCAUGGAUGGAUGUUCUGGACGGAUUGGUCAUUCAAUUUGAAUCAUUCAGGAAGAAUUGAACGAUCAUUAAUGAAUGGUGAACAACGAUCAAUCAUCGUAAAAGAAGAUCUCACCUAUCCAAAUGGUCUGACAAUCAAUGAGAAAUACAUUUAUUGGUGCGAUUCAUACUUUAAGCGUUUGGAACGUGCUGAUCUUGAUGGAAGCAAUCGCAAACUUAUUUAUGCAGGACCUGAUCUUGGAUCACCUUACAGUGUGGCUUAUUUUCGGGAUCAUCUUUACUGGACUGAUUAUCGUCAAGGAGUAAUAAAAAGUCUUCAUUUAUCGGAUCCGAACAAAGUGAAAAUUGUUGUAAUUGAUAAUCCCCCUCUUUAUGAUAUCAAAUUCAUCGAUUUUGAUCAGCGAGCUCCAAAUAACAAAUGUCAUAAUGCAAAAUGUGAACAUCUUUGUCUGAUCGGAAUCGGUCAGCAAGCUCAAUGUUAUUGUUCGGACGGUUUUCAACUAUCAUCAUCAGAUUUUCGAAGUUGUAUUGCUUUGACAAAUUACACUAAACCUUCUUUAUGUAAAAAAGGAGAAUUCGAAUGCCGAAAUGUAUCACAAUGUAUUGAUAAUCGUCAUGUUUGUGAUGGUGAUGUUGAUUGUCUUGAUGGUUCGGAUGAAGACACAAGCGUAGGAAGUAUUUGUGAAAAACUAAAUUGUCAUGAGGACUAUUUCCGUUGCGACAAAAAUCGUUGCGUGAUGCCACAUUGGGUUUGUGAUGGUCAAAGAGAUUGUCUAGAUGGAACAGAUGAAAUGCAAUUUGAAAAUUGUACUAAAGUAAUCUGUGGUCCAAUGUUUUUCAAAUGCAACAGUACUGGCCGAUGCAUUCCACGUAAUUGGGUUUGUGAUUCGGAUUUUGAUUGCGGUGCUGAUGAUCAUUCGGAUGAAGAAGACAAUUGUAGCUAUAGGAAAUGCGAUGAAUCGAUUGAAUUUCGUUGCCGAAACGGUCGUUGCAUAUCUUAUGAAUUUAUGUGUAAUGGCGAUGAUGAUUGUAAAGAUGGAUCGGAUGAAUCAGAUUGUAAAAAAUCAAUACAAUCUAAUUCCAAUAAAUGUUUGGAACGAAAUUCCAAUCAAACGCAUUUUGUUUGCGAUUCAAAUACUAAAUGUUUACCACUGUUUUUACGCUGCAACGGUAUAAUCGACUGUAUAGACAGUAGUGAUGAAAAAAAUUGCUUACACACCUCACUAAAUCAUACGAAAUUGAUGAAACAAUCUCAUUUACGAUGCAAUCAUCGCAAAGAAUUUCAAUGUGAAACAACCGGAAAUUGCAUCUCGCUGGAAUUGCGUUGUAAUGGUUCACCGGAUUGUACAGAUUAUUCGGAUGAAUUCAAUUGUACGAAAUUGAAUUGUCGAUCUGGAGAAAUUCCAUGUUUACCAUUGAUGCAAUGUUUCAAUCAUCAUGUUAGAUGUGACAAUGUACAAGAUUGUCCGGAUGGUUCCGACGAAUACGAUUGUUUUGAAGACACAUCAAUUCUUUCGCAAUCAUGUCAUCAUCCAAAUCGUACAUGCAUGGAUCGCUCCACUAAUCGUACAAUUUGUUUGGAUAUAUCCAAAUUUUGUGACAAUCAUCCCGAUUGCCUUGAUGGAUCAGAUGAAGGUGACCUAUGUUCGGAUGAUUUUUGUUUCAUGUCAGAUCCUAUUUGCAAAGGACAUUGUAAAAAUGUUCCUUAUGAACCUGGAUAUAUAUGUUACUGUCCACUCAAUCUGUCAUUGGCUGUCGAUGGUGUAAGCUGUACAGAUGUUCAUCCAUGUGAACAAUGGGCUGUUUGUUCACAAUUAUGUCUACCAACAUCAAAUUUUUCAUCUUCAACUAGUCAACGAGGAUAUAAAUGUGAAUGUAUUGAUGGUUAUUUUCUCGAUCCUAAAGAUAAUUUCACUUGCAAAAGCACAUUAUUGUCAUCUCCCAUUCUUUUGUUCUCCAAUCGGAAUCAAAUUCGUUCUAUUAAUUUGCAAACAAAUUCAGCCAACCUCCUUCUUUCUGGUUUGAAAAAUUCAAUAGCUUUGGAUUAUCUAUAUGAUACUGAUCAAAUAUUUAUAUUUUGGUCCGACGUGAUUGACGACCGUUUAUAUCGAGGGGAAUUAGUACAAUCAGCUAUCACCAACAUUGAAGCAAUUAUUGAAGGAAGUUUAAGUUUUGCCGAAGGUCUUGCUGUUGAUUGGUUGGCGCAUAAUUUGUAUUGGGUAGAUUCAAAUUUUCAUCAGAUCGAAGUUGCUCAUAUGGAUGGUUCUUUUCGCAAAACUCUUCUCACCGAACAUUUGUCGAAUCCACGAGCCAUUGCUUUAGAUCCGAAUCGGUUCGUUAUGUUCUGGACAGAUUGGGAUUCUAGCUUACCCAGAAUAGAAUCAGCUUCUAUGGACGGUACAUCACAACAUAUCGUAAUUCAAGUUGAACCUGGAUCAUGGCCCAACGGCAUAACAUUGGAUUUUGUUUUGCAACGAAUCUAUUGGAUUGAUGCUAAAACUGAUACGUUGAGUACUGUUCGUUAUGAUGGCAAAGAUUUUCGUAAUAUUCUUGUGGGUAAUGAUUUUCUUACUCAUCCAUUCGCAAUGUCACUGUAUGAAAAUUAUGCCUAUUGGAGUGAUUGGCGUACAAAUUCAUUGGUACGGGUCAACAAAUGGAAUGGAACGAAAGUUGAAGUCAUUGCUCGAACAUUUUCUCAGCCAUUCGAUGUCAAAAUUCUCCAUCCUAGCCGCCAGCCUAAACUGAUCAACUUUACUCGAUGUAUGGUUGAUAAUGGUGGAUGUUCACAUCUUUGUUUAUUAUCGAGUACUGCACCCGAUAAUUUUGCCUGUGAUUGUCCCCUUGCCAUGCGUUUGGGACCAGAUUCGCGAAACUGUAUCUUUAAUGAUGCUUUUCUUAUGAUAUCAAAGCAGAACGAUGUUCGCGGCAUCGAUUUGAUUCGACCAAAUUAUUUCAUUCUUCCACCUAUUUCUCUUCCCAAAGUUGUUCAUCCAAUCCAGUUAGAUUAUGUGGCACGAAACAAACACAUUUAUUGGGCCGACCUUUUAUCAAAUGAAAUCAAGCGAUUCUCCUUGUUGAAUGGAACCAUUAAAAAUAUAAUCGAUACUGUUAUUCAACAUCCUCAAACGUUUGGAAUCGAUUGGAUAGCGGAAAACAUAUUUAUCAUAUCAAAACCUGAUCGAGAUUCAUUCAUUUCACCAUCCAUGUUUUCCGGUGAUGAUUAUAAUGAUGAAUAUGAAAUUAUCUAUGAAGAUGAUUCUGAAGAUUCGCCCACUAUGCAUAGAGCGAGACGAGAUUUCAACAAUCAUCGAAAUAGGCAAAGAGUUUCUAAGCUUUUUGUCUGCAAUCUUGAGGGCGAAUUCAUCACCGAAAUCAUACCUGAAAAAUAUUUUGAAAAUCCUCAAUCUUUAGCUGUUGAUCCACUAAAUGCGCUUCUUUAUUGGUCGGAAUAUUCGCUUGAAGAAAUUUCCGGACCAAAUGAGACUAAAAAAUUCACUCAUAGAACAAAAUUGGUGCGUUCACGUAUGGACGGAACAGAAUUAUUUAUAUUGGCGGAUAGUAAUAAUCCUCAAUCAUCAUUAUUAAAUAAAUCAACCAGUCUAAUCUUGGAUCUUUAUCUUAAUUGCUCUAGACUAUAUUGGGUUAAUUUAGGAUCACGAUCAAUACAAUUCAUGGAUUUGAACAACCAAGAAAUUAAAACAAUUUUUAUGGUCAAACUUGAUGAUGAUCCAUUCCCGACAUCUGUGACAAUUUUUGGCUCUAAAUUAUUUGCAUUUUUUCAUCAUGAUGGAAAUAUUCAAACAAUGGACAAAACUCUCGGUAUCGAUCAACAUAUGUUCCUAAACGAUACUGAAGAUUUAUUUAGCAUUCGUAUUUAUGAUGCUGAAGUGCAAAAUCGUAUGGAUCAAAAUUUGUGUUCAAAAGCCCGUGGUGGAUGUUCACAUCUUUGCGUAAUGAUUACAAAUGAUAAACGAAAAUGUCUUUGUACUAUUGGUUUUCGAAUAAAUCCUACUGAUGAUACCAAGUGCAUUGGUGAACAAGUAUUCUUAAUGUAUUCAUGGAAUUGGGGUAUUAAAGGAAUACCGAUAACACCAAUAAAUGACACUGAACCAUUGAAUCAGCAAUAUGAAAAAAAGAAAAAUUCAAGCAAAGAAUUCUCUUUAUUACCUCCAAUAUCGUCCGUCAUGUUGGCAUCUUCGAUUGAUUUUGAUUCAGCCAAUGAGAUGCUUUAUUGGGCCGAUUCGGAUGAAGGAUCCAUUUCAAGACUUGCUCGUGAUACAUCUUCAUAUUAUCGUUUGAUAAACAAUCUUGACAAAUUAAUCGAUUUUGCCCUCGAUUGGAAUGCAUACAAUCUAUAUUGGAUUGAAGAGCAAUACGGAUUGAUUGAAGUGAUAAAAGUAAAUGGAAGUGAAAGCCGAUUGGUUAUUGUUUCACAAGAUAUAAUCAAACCAACAUCAUUGGCCGUUCAUCCAGGUCUUGGUUUUCUUCUAUGGUCAGACGUAGGUCAUAAUGAUUCUGUACGUAUCGAACGUUCGCUCUUGGAUGGUUCAAAUCGUAUAACAUUGUAUUCAAAUGAUAAAAAUCAUUCCAUCAAUGAUUUAGCUGUAGACAUCAUUGCUAACCAAUUAUAUUUUGCUGAUCUUUCUGAUCAAACCAUUGUGCAAUUAUCGUUGACAGAGCAUACAGUCGGUAAAAUACCCAAAGCUAACAUUGUAUUGAGUAAUAUUCGUAGCCCAAUCUCAAUUUCUGUUUAUGAUCGGUUCUUAUAUUGGGCUGAUACGAAUUUCUAUGGCGGUUCAAUUCUUGCUAUUCGCACUGAUAAAUUUAUCAAUGAUGCCAAUUUAACAAUGUCAACCAAACUUACUGGUGUCACUUUAUUAGACAUGAACAUUGGUGACAACAUCAAAGACAUUAUGGUCUAUUAUCGUCGACCAAUUUAUCCACGUAAUGCUUGUGCACAUAAAAAUGGUGGUUGUCAGGAUUUUUGUUUCUAUCUUGGUGGCGAUCGUGGUCAUCAUUGUUCAUGUUCAUAUGGAUAUGUUUCACCCAUCGAUAAUCGAUCAUGUCUCGAAUAUGAUACAUUCUUGAUUUAUUCACGUAUCAAUCAAAUUGAUUCAAUUCGUAUAACACAAUCAAACAAACAUAAUUUUACAUCAACUCAACAUUCAUAUUCAUCCAAAUUUAUUGAUCAUCUGGAACCAAAUGUAGCAAACGCUCCCUACCGUCCUAUUAUUCAUGCUAACAUCAGAAACGUCAUUGGACUUACCUAUGAUUAUGCACGACGAAGAAUUAUUUACACUGAUAUUCAACGAGGAACAAUCAACUGGUGCUAUUUCAAUGGAUCUGAGCAUCAAAUUCUUUUGGAUAAACAAGGUCCAAUCGAAGGAAUUGUUUAUGAACCAGUGUCGAAAUUUCUUUAUUGGACCUCAAAUUUUGAUUCUUCAGUUGCUAAAUUAAAUUUAACUAUCGUUCCUGAAUCGAUGGGCAGCAAAUCUAAACAACCAGCUAUGAAUGGAAGUUUAGUGAUUAGAAUUAUUAAACUCACAACAGAAGAUCGAUUGAGAGGAAUUGCCAUCGAUCACUGCCGUCAACUAGUUUAUUGGACGAAUUGGAAUGCUAAAAACCCAAGUAUUCAACGUUCACAUGUUUCUGGUUUUGGUCAACAAUCCAUUAUUACCGAUGGAAUUCGUAUGCCAAAUUCAUUGGUCAUUGAUCAGCCUCAAAAACAUUUCUAUUGGGCUGAUGCCCGUUUCAAUAAAAUUGAAAAAUGUGAUCUCGAUGCUAUUCAAUGUGUCGUGUUACUUCGACAAACUGUUCAACAUCCGUUUGGUUUAGCUAUUCAUGAUGAUCAUCUUUAUUGGACCGAUUGGGCAGCUCAUUCAGUAUUUCGAUGCGAUAAAUAUUCGGGAGCAGAUGUUGUUACCCUUAGGCGAAACAUCAUAAGACCUAUGGGUUUAGUUGUCAUUUCACCUUAUCAUCAAAAUUCUUUGGACAAUUAUUGUAAUGCAUCCGCUCAGCCAUACGAUCCAUGUCUUUUAUCCAAUGGUGGUUGUGAAGAUAUUUGUACAACAAAAAUUCUCACUACAAUUUCUAUACCUGAAUGUUCUUGCUUCGAAGGUCGAAUUAUGAGUCGCGAUGGGCGACGUUGUCAUUCAGUAAAUUCUUCAUGUUCUUCAGAUCAUGGUUUAUUUGAAUGUAAAAAAAUGGGUCUUUGUAUACCGUUUGAAUUAACUUGUGAUGGUGUUCCCAAUUGUCCACAAGAUCAUUCUGAUGAAGAUCCUUCUUAUUGUACAAAUAGAACUUGCCCACAAAAUUAUCAUCAAUGUUCGAAUAAUCUUUGUAUAAUGACAUCGAAAAUUUGUGAUGGCACUAUCAAUUGUCCGGAUGCUAGUGAUGAAAAACAUUGCGAUUGUCGUCAACAAGGCAAAUUUAAAUGCAACAAUGGUAUUUGUAUAUCUGAGGUUUUCCGAUGUAAUUAUGCUCCUGAAUGUCUUGAUGGUUCGGAUGAAUUUGAUUGUCCUAAGCCAAACUGUACGAAAGAUGAUAUAACUAAUGAGCCAAUGAUCAAUUGUCUACGCACAACCGCUUGUAUUUCACCCAAAUGGAUAUGUGACGGUCAAAAUGAUUGUUGGGAUAAUUCGGAUGAAGCAAAUUGUUUUUCCAACUUCAACAAAACGAUUUCUCAUUUAAUUCAACGACCACAGCAUAAACAUCGACAGCCGAAUGAAACUAUAGAAACGGCAAUCACUGUUGAUUCAAACUCCACAACAAAGCAUGAUGAUGAUUCCUGUGCUGAAGAUCAAAUACGUUGUAAUAGUAGUGAAUGCAUUUCAAUCAUUUGGAGUUGUGAUGGAAACAAAGACUGUUUGGAUGGUUCAGAUGAAUCACCUGAAUUUUGUCGACAUAAUAUUUGUCCUGAAGAAAGAUACUUUCGUUGUCAAACCACCGGUAAAUGCAUACCGUUACAAUGGGUUUGUGACGGUGAACAAGAUUGUUUCGAUGAAUCGGAUGAAUUAAUGUAUCCGAAUAAAACUUUAUGUUCAUCAAAUAUUACUAAAACAUCCAAUCAUGAUAGUGGUGUCAUGCAUCGAAUCUGUAAUCACAAUGAAUUUCAAUGUCAUAAUUUUCAGUGCAUUCAUAGUAAAUUCCUUUGUGAUGGUCAAUAUGAUUGUAGCGAUGGAUCAGAUGAAGCAACAGAAUUUUGUCAACGACAGACACCUUCAAAACCGAAAUUAUGUUCACCCAAUGAAUAUCGUUGUACGAUAAAACAUAAAUGUAUACCACGUUCAUGGAUUUGUAAUGGAAUUCAAGAUUGUGCUGGUGGUGAUGAUGAAGCUGUGAAACUUUGUGCUAAAUCAUCCAAUGACAAUUCUUCAAUUUUAACCAUAGAUGGAUCAUCAUUGCGAUGUAAAGACGGACAGUUUACCUGUAAUAAUGGUGUAUGCAUUGAUUUCAAUCAUAUUUGCAAUGGGGAUAAUGAUUGUGGAGAUUUUUCCGAUGAAAAUCAAUGCAAUAUUAAUGAAUGUGAAAGUAAUCUUGUUUGUGCACAAAAAUGUGAAGAUAUGCCUAUCGGAUAUCGUUGUAGUUGUUACGAUGGUUUUGAACCUCAAGACGGUGGUCGUGUUUGCCGUGAUAUAAAUGAAUGUGAACAAAAUGUUUGCUCACAAAUUUGUCGUAAUACAAUCGGUUCCUAUGUUUGCUAUUGCGCCGAAGGAUAUGUUUUAGAUUCUGAUCAUGUCACUUGUCGAAGUAUAUCAUCAAAAGAAACACAUUUAUUAAUCAAUACACAUGAUGGUAUUUAUCAAUUAAAACCUGUCGAUAAACAACGUCAACGUAAAGAUGUCCGUAUAUUGCUUGGUGGCCUUAAUAACGCUGUAGCUUUGGAUUUUGAUUGGGAAAGUGAAUGUGUGUAUUGGUCCGAAAUAACUGUUGUAUCAGCCUAUAUCAAAAAAUCAUGUCGAUUGAAAGCCUAUAAUCUGACCGAGGAUGGUCAAAAAAUUUCUUCUAAUUCAAACAAUAUUAUUGCAAAAGUUGAAAUUUUACAUUCGAACACUCUUCAAAGUCCAGAUGGAAUCGCCGUAGAUUGGAUUGGUCGAAAUCUUUAUUGGUGCGAUAAAGGUAAAUCAACAAUAGAAGUUUCCAAAUUGGAUGGCAAAUUUCGUCGAAUUCUCAUUCGACGUCAACUUGAAGAACCACGUGCUAUUGCGUUAAAUCCAUUAGAAGGAUUAAUGUUCUGGUCCGAUUGGGGUGAACGACCAUAUAUUGGUCGCGCAUCAAUGGAUGGCAGUCAACAGCAAAUUAUCAUUGAAGAAAGUCUUGGCUGGCCUAAUGCUUUGACUAUUGAUUUCAUACGUCGAAAACUUUAUUUUGCCGAUACGCGGGAAGAUUAUAUAGGUAUGGUUGAUUUCGAUGGCCAAAAUCGUUUGAUAAUUGUUGAUCAGAAAACCCGUUAUACGGGACAUAUUUCCGGUAUGUCUUAUUUUGAAUCACGACUCUAUUGGACCGAUUCACAUUCAAGUUCAGUAAUCUCGUGCCCUGCAUUGAAUUGUUCUUAUGAAAAUUUUGUACAACAAAUGACUUUUCACCGACCAAUGGAUAUUAAAGUAUGGCAUCCGGAUCGUCAGCCCUCGUUAUCGCGAAAUAUGAAAAAUCCCUGCAAUUCAUUCGAUGUUAACAAUCAGACGGGCAAAUGUUUAGCAUUGUGUUUGCUCAAAUCACAUAAAAGUAAAUUAUCAGGCACAUGUACAUGUCCAGAUAAUUAUAUUCUUAAUGAAGAUCAAUAUUCAUGUCGUAGUAAUUGUUCAUAUUCUGAAUUUGUUUGCAACAAUACCUACAAAUGUAUUCCAUUUUGGUGGAAAUGUGAUACACAAGAUGAUUGUGGCGAUGAAUCAGAUGAACCCGAUGAUUGUCCACCUUUUCAUUGUAAUCCUGGUCAAUUUCAAUGUCAAAAUCAUCCAGAAUGUAUUUUACCGCAACAGAUUUGUGAUGGAGUUUCAAAUUGUGCCGAUGGUUCUGAUGAAAAAAAUUGUGAACAACAUGUUUGCAUGCCAAAUCAAUUCAAAUGUCCUACAUUCAACAACAUAACUUCAUAUUGCAUCUCAGCUACUAAUCGUUGUGAUGGCAUUAAUGAUUGUUCGAAUGGUGAAGAUGAAAUUAAUUGUGGUUGUCCGAAAACGGCGUUCAGAUGCUUGAAUAAGAAAUGUAUCUCUAAAGAAUGGGAAUGUGAUGGUGAAGAUGAUUGUGGAGAUGGAUCAGAUGAAUACGAAGCUUGUACUCAACGUUCUUGUGGUCAUCUACAUUUUCGUUGUGAUUCUGGUCGUUGUAUUCCUUAUAAUUGGAAAUGUGAUGGUGAACCCGAUUGUCCAACACAUCAAGAUGAAUUGUAUUGCGAAAAUGAUGGAAAUAAAAAUUCAUCAUUAGUUUGUGAUGAAAAUCAUUUUCAUUGUGACAACAAUCAUUGUAUUCAAAUGUUUUAUCAUUGCGAUUGGGAUGAUGAUUGUGGUGAUGGAUCAGAUGAGCGUAAUUGUACGCUGCCAAAAUGUCAACCGGAUGAAUUUCAAUGUGAUAAAGGCUAUAAAUGCAUCAGAAAUGAAUUAAGGUGUAACGGCGAGCCGAAUUGCGCCGAUCAAUCCGAUGAAAUUGAUUGUCAUUAUGAAUGUGAUGAAGAAAAUCAUUUUCUUUGUCCUAACAGUACAAUUUGCAUAUUGCCCGAAUGGAAAUGCGAUGGCGAUCAUGAUUGUUUUGAUGGAUCGGAUGAACUUAAUUGUAGUAAUAAAUGUUCAGCCAAAGAUUUUACAUGUAACAAUCAACAAUGCAUCUAUGGGCCAUGGCGUUGUGAUGGUGAAAAAGAUUGCCUUGAUGGUAGUGAUGAAGAUUUGGAUCUAUGUUCUCGAUUGGCUUGUCCAGUGAAUCGUUUUCGUUGCACAAAUGGAAUUUGCAUAUCAAAACUUCGACUUUGCGAUGGCAGCGAUAAUUGUGGUGAUGGUUCUGAUGAAAUUCCCGAAGUUUGCAAUGAAAUUAAACAUGAAUGUUUAUUGAGCACAAGCAUUAAUUCCGAUCAUCGAAAUCGAUUCCUAUGUUUGAAUAAUAAACAAUGUAUCGAUAUCUCCCUUCACUGUAAUGGCAUCGAUGAUUGUGGUGAUGGCUCAGAUGAGCUUAAUUGCGAAGAUGUGAACAUUGUAGACAAACCAAUUGCAGAUAAAAAUGUUACAAUUGUAGCCACAACUUUUCAUGUCCAUCAAGAAAAUUGUCCAUUUGGAUUGUGUUCACAAACUUGUGUAUCUAAAAUUAAACACUUUCAUCAUACAUCUAAUCAUACGGAAAAACAAUUUCAUCAUCAUUUUAUGUGCACGUGUUCCGAUGGCUAUAUUCGAUUAUCCAUGCUGAAUGCUGGUAAUAAUGAUAAUUCUUCCUUAUCAUCAUCAUCAUCAUCAGUUAAUCAAUUAAGCACAUGUCAAGCUAAUGGUCGACAAGCUGCAUUACUGGUUUCCUCUGAUUCCGGAUUUCGUGUCAUAAAUCCUUACAAAAAUAUAGUUCAAGAAUUAUACAAUUUAUUUGCAUUUUCAUCACCAAUGGAUCUUAAUCUAACUUUAUCGCUUAAUCGAACGUUUAUUAGUCGCAUCGAAUCGUUUGAUAUUUUCUAUGAUUCAAAUAUAUCUAGUAUUUUUUGGACUAAUCCACAUAAGAAAAGCUUAUAUCGAAUUGAUCUAUCUUUUGCAGAUCAAAUGUUCAAUUUCAAUUCUGAACAUCAUUAUUCACCGAGUCCAUCAUCCAACUUAAACAUAAGCGAUCCAAUCGCCAUAGUCGAUAAUAUAGAUAAUCCUCGAGGAAUAGCAGUCGAUUGGGUUGGACGUCAUGUCUAUUGGAUUGAUUCAUCGAUUCCGGCUAUAAUCUUAACAACUUUUGAUGGUGAUAAGCGAAAAACUUUGAUCUCUUCACAACCACUUGAACAACCUUAUGAUUUAAUUGUCGAUCCGAAAAAUUGUCUUAUUUUCUGGUCAGAUUGGAGCCACACAAGUACUAUUAAGAUUGGCCGUGCACAACUUGAUGGGUCAUCAUUUCGGCCAUUGGUUAGUAAUGAUAUUGAAUGGCCACUUGGUUUGGCAUUGGAUUUCGAGGCUGGACGACUAUAUUAUACAGAUCCUAAAACAUCAAUUAUAGAAACUAUUCGUAUCGAUGGAAGUGAUCGAAGACAAAUCUAUUCGUUACAUCGUUUCCAGCAUAAACCAUAUCGAAUCGAUGUUUGGGAAGAUUAUCUCUAUGUUAGCACAUUACCGAAUCAUCAGAUAUUGAAACUAAACAAAUUUGGUAAUCAUAAAUUUACAUCAUUGGUUCGAAAUAUACCAAAACUCAAUGAUUUGGUCAUCGUUCAUGAAUGGAAACAGAAGAAAAAUUUUACUUAUCCAUGUCAAGCAAAUCCAUGUCGUUUGCAAAGCAAUUUUCUUUGCAUCGCUCAAACACCACAAAAUGCCAUUUGUGUUUGUCCCGAUGGUUUUCGAAAAAUAUUAUCCAUUAAGAAUGAAGCUGAAUGUAUUCAAGUGCCGACAACGACCUCAACAAUUGAUCAAAAUUCGAGAAAAAAUGAAGAUUUAACCAGAACACAAUGUCCAUGUUUAAAUGGUGGUCGAUGUCGUUAUCAUCCAAAAGAUGAUAGCCUUUUUUGUGAAUGUACACCUUUGUAUGAUGGAAUACAAUGUGAGCAUUUUCGUUGCGCUGGUUAUUGUCAAAAUCAUGGCUUGUGUUAUAUUGAUAUGUCUGAUAUGACUUCUAUAUAUCAGGAAAGAAGCCUGCAAUCAACGGAAUCAAUAAACACCGGCAAACUUCGUUGUAUGUGUCCAUUCGGAUGGAAAGGCGAUCGUUGUGAGAUUGAAAUGAAAAGUUGUAAUAAAGAUUAUUGUUUAAAUCAUGGUGAAUGUCUGGACAAUUAUUCUGAUAGUUCGAUUCGUUGUGAUUGUCCAUCUGGUUUUUUUGGCGAACAAUGUGAAAUAUGUGGCAAUUUAUUCUGUAAAAAUGAUGGUCAUUGUUUGAUAAAUAAUUCGACAAAUAUUGCCAAAUGUCACUGUCCUCCCGGUUUUGCUGGAAAACAUUGUGAAUUGCAUCUUUGUUCUAAACAAUAUUGCAACAAUCAUGGAGUCUGCUAUAUUGAUCGUCAGACAGAAAAUAUUCGAAAUUUUGAUGAAACAAGUAUUCGAUUCCGUUGUCAAUGUGAUUCGGAGUUUUCUGGUGAGCAUUGUGAAAUUCACUCAACUCAAGAUAAUAAUACGGUUGCAUCAUCCACAAUCGCAACAAUCAUUACUAAAACAUGUCAUGAUCUCAAAUGUUUGAAUGGAGGUACUUGCCAUCAAAGUUCUUCACUACAUCAACCAACUUGCAUUUGUGCCUAUGGAUUCACUGGAUUUCGAUGCGAGCAAACAACCGAAAAUAGGAUUUCUAAGCCAAGUGAAAAUGAUUCGAAUUCUGAAUCGAAAAUCGAAAAUAUUAAAUUUCCUAUAAAAACUGAAUCAAAUAUCAAAUCAUCUGGUCAAUCAACUUUAUACAUUGUUAUUUAUACCGUAUUCAUUAUAUUAGGUAUUGUUCUAUUCAGUUUCUGUUUGGUUCGAUUACAAUAUUCUUUAAGGAAAAAGAUGCAAAGUGAACUGGCAUUUCAACAUCGUCGUAUUCAUGAAAAUAAUCUUUCCAUUGAUGUGCCAAAUGUUGAAAUAAUGAACCCGGUAUUUAGUAUGAACAAUUUAACACCAACUGAAUUAUCAACAACUACGGAUACCCCAACAACAUCGGUGGUUGAAGUAUUGAUCACUGGCAACAAUCCAGCUACAUCAUCUGAAAAUCAUCACAUCCUUGAUGAUGAUUUUGAUAAAGAUGAAAUGAUUGUCGAUUAUAUGAAUACCAAUUUUUCGAAUCCAAUUUAUGAAUAUAAAAAGAUAAUCAUCGAUAGUAACAAAACUGAUAACCUAGAGGAAACGGAAAAUUUAUUGGAUAAUUCUUGAAAACAAAAAAAUGCCAUUUAAUUAUUUAUUCAAAUUUAAAUUUAUUUUUUUUGUGUUUUAUUUCGGUUUUGUUUUUGUACAUACGCUUAAUUUGUGAUAUUUUUUCCAUUUUUUUCAUUUUUUCUAUAAAAAUACUCAUUCAAUAAAUAAAAAGACCAUAAAUUGGCAUCUAACAUCAUCA